AAUCGGCAUAGAAAAAUAAGUAUGUUGACACUCACCUUUUUGGGGAGAAUGUGUAGAAUUACCAUAGAGCAGUGGAACUCCCAGCUUUUGCACGCAAGAAUACCAGUUGGAGACCUGCAUGUUCCUGACACUGGAAGAACUCUACAUAACAGAUGGUAUGACCUCUGAAACAUGGAGCAAUGGCAUCUGAAAAAGGGGUUUGAAUUUUGGGGAAAUAUUUUGGAGGAGGUAUAAUUUGAAUUUGAGGUAACUUUCUUGCUCUUUUAAGUGGUAAAAUUACCAAACAAGUUCUUACCUGAAAGCAGGUCCCUUAGUUUCUCACCUUUAUCAGCAUGAAAUGGGGAGACAUUUUCACUUCCGAGUGCUUGAUUACCUGGCUGGACACAAACUGCAGUAUUUUAAGCAUUAAUCUUGCUUUCAGAAAUCACGGAUUUUUCUAUCUCCAUGUAUUAGCAGUAUGUAUAUCUUCAUAUCAGUGUUGGGGUAACCUUCCUCAUGGUUAAUAGGCAGGGACACAUAUGCCUGGGUGAAGCCAUGAUGGCUGGCAUGUUUUACGUUCUUUCUAGACGGUGUUUUAACAUAAUAUAUGCUUGGUGAUGCAGGGAGAGAUGGGGAAGGGCCAGCUGUAUCCCAGCAGCCAAGGCUGCAUGGUAGUGUCCUGAAAAGAAUGCAUUGUUCACUUGGGUAUCUAUGUUUAGAAACACUUUCAGCAAGUAACAUUUUUUUCUCACUCAGAGGAGAGUGUGGAGUUGGGUAAGCAUAUGUUCUGAGCAAUUUAUAUGUAUUUAGUACUUCACUGUACUGAACAGGCUAUUCUGUUACUUAGGAGUUAAGUGCUUAAUACAGUAAAAGGCACCUAAUUAUUGAGACAGCCUACUAGGUGGAGAGCUAAGUAGGUAACAGCCUGGGUACCAGGAGCCCUUAAUAACUUCCAUUUUCCUACCUGAGAGUAGGUGGGAGAACAAGUGCCACUGAGGGUCUUUAUACCUUUACUUCCUUUUCCCAUUUACUGUGGUUUUGUUUGCUUCCCAUUUGAUACCUAUUUUCUUCAUUUGUGAAGAACUAAAAGGUUAAAACAAGUUCUGUGUCACUUUUGCAUUGAAAAAGUGAAGCUUAAGUCAUGCCAUAACUUCUGUUUGGCAGGACAGAUAGCAGUAUGCUGUAACUUCUGGUGCAGACCAUGCAAAGAGAACAAGGAAAACACAUGUGCGCUGCUGCAAUCAGCAGUUCAUUUCUUGCUACUUACUGAAAAGGCUUGAAUCUUUGCACAAAAACACAGGUUAUUUCUUUAAAGAAGCUGGCUUACCUGAAGGCCUUUUUCUCUCUCCUUUUCAAACUUCUGUCUCUGGAGUAUAACUACAUUUGUUAUUUAUUCCUUGACUAUUUAUUGUUCGCCUUGGACGAUUCAGCCGAAGUUAAUUCAUCAGCUUCCCUUCAAAUUGGAUGGGGGGAGUUGUAGGUAUAUAAUAACCCCGAAUCCUGGCUGCUUCUGUGGAGAGUAAUUACAGAAGAUCUUACAGCAGAAGGAGAACUUCAGAAUUCAAGUUUUCAUUGUUAAAAUUGGUAUUAUUCAGGUUGGAAACACCACCACCCUAGCCCCUUUAAAAUAAUUCACAUCUCAAGUCAGACAUGUUACUAAUCUUGCUGCUACAAGAAUCACAGAUGGUAGCCUGUGCAAGUAGCGGUUUGCUGGUGGGAGUUGGAAGCGGUAGUCUGGGGAAUAUAUGGAGACAUACCAGAUGUCAACUACCUUUUGUUAGAUGUUGGUGAGGCUGCUGGGGCUGUGUAACAUCUGCAAGAAGAGGUGAUGCUCAGACAGCAGUCUUCAGUAGAUGGCGUUUCCCCUUUCAUAGUGAAAUGUAACUCAGGUUUGAUCUCUUCAUAGUAAUAAAAAUGUCAGUAGCGUUUCUAGUUUUGAAGCACUGGGAGGGGGUGAGUGGGGAGGAGAAAUCUAGUAAACUGCAUGUGAAGAUUGCAAAUGUUCCCAGGCAUUGCCAGCUGGCUAUAGAUUUUUCUUGGCUCUUGUUGCAAGCCCUUUGAACUAUAAGAAAUGCAAAGGCCCAUGAUGGCCUCAUGAGCAAAUUCUUUGAGUGAAAGGAUAAGGCUGUCAAAGCCAUUUAUGGUUCUUACGUCAACUAAGCAGCAAAUAAAGGUGGAAUUUUGUGUCAUAAAAAUACCAGGCUGUGUACUUUGCAAAAGGCUUCAGUCCUAGUUUACCUUUAUUCAUGGGCUCCCUUGUGUGUUGGUGUCAGUGAUACAGUCAGACAACUCCCUCUGUCCCUUGACAAGCGUAUCCAGUGAGUGCCUGCAAUCUGGAAAGUCAGUUGAUGCCAUCUGGUCAAGUGCUUACGAGGCUGUGGGAAUACUGGUGUCAAAUGUUACCUUAACCCAAACAGACUCCACAUGAGACCAUGCUAGACUUUUCCUGUACCUUUCAUGUGGUGGUGCAGUUGAACUGUGAAUACGUGAUUCCUCAGUUCAUCAGCUGGUCUGCGCAAAAAAAAGCAAUGGGGCGUUCUGUACCAAGGCCCCGUGCAGCAGUAAUACAUGGGCAGGGUCAGUGUGGACAUACACAUACUGAGGAGUAUAAAAAGACUGAUUCUUUCCUGUUGUAGCCCAAAAUGAGAAGAGGGCUUUACACCUGUUAGGUGCUCUUGAGACUUGCACCUGAUAUUAAAGCUUUUGUUGUUUAUUCCAUAUGAAUCCUUUCACAAAUGUCUUAGUGUAUUUCUGUUUGUGAGGAAAGCUGCUCCCUGUUGAUUGCCCUUUGAGAAUGUAUGUAAAUAUGUUACAAAUCUAGUGUGGCAGAACUUGUUUGAAGUUUUGGGUGGUAAGUUCUCGACCUAUAUUGUAUUAGUAUGAUAAUUUGAUGCAUGAUAAUGUCAUGUCUGAUUAGCCCCCCUUAAGUGUAAGUGGUAGCAUCUGGCAAGUUUUAAUGUAGUGAUCCUCACACGAGCAGUGCUAAAAGGAAAUCGUGCUGCUCCUGCAUUACAGACUGAUGGAAUCUUGUUCCUAUGCCUUUGUUUUCUAAGCAGGAGGCCCAAGUUUGAAUCUCUGUCGUAUCUAAAAGCCAGAGCAAUGCCAAGAAGCUAGAGCUUUUCCUCUUUGUGGGGUGUGCUUUCUAGGUCUCUAGAGGUGUACCAGAAUGACAGAAAAAUAAGAUAUUGAUUACAGAAAGUAGUGAAGUCUCACAAAAAGAAGUCUGGUGGUUACGCUGGGGGAGCGUGAGCUUUCCUGACUGCAGCAUUGAUCAGUGCGAGUGGUUGACCCCUUUGUAACGAGGUGGCUUUGCUCAUGUGAAAACCCUGCGUUCUGCUGAGAGCAAGAAGUGACACGAACAUCUCUUUGUACUAGUGCUCUGUUCCCUACAGAGAGAUACAUGUAAGGGAUCUUAUUUAUGUCUUGUGAUCAAGAGGAAAAAGUUUGUUGGAUUUGUUACAGUCUGCAAGUUCAGGUAUCCCUCCCCUUCUCUACCCCCCAGUUACUGUUUCUUUUUUUCAGGAAAGUCAUUCUUAAGCUUGGCAAGGAGCGGUUGCUGCUAGGUGUUGCUAAAUGGUUAAUAGCUAAUAUUUUUCAGUAUUUGUUAUUGUGCUGACAUGUCUGGCUCAGUUUUGAUCUGCCCCUGAAGCAGCAAAGAUAGAAUUAAAGCCAGGCACUGUAGAGAUUAUCCCAGUUUUAAAGGUGAGGAGUAACAGAAAAAGCAGUUUCCAUACAGCUGCUGUGGCGAAUGCUGCUCAGAAAUUUUAUGCAAAAAAAUAUUAGUGCGAUACCACGGAUGGAAAUGAAGGCUAGAUUACACAGCUACAGAGUCAAACCUGUGUUGCUGUUUGUGCACUGACCUUUCCCGCGAUACGUCUUGCGUGUUGCCCAGAGGGUGCUCAGGGUGGCUCCUGGAGUGUCGCUGCCCCAGGGCUGCGCUGAGGUGGAGCUGCUGGGGGUGUCUUCACGGCAGCAGUGACACAGACUGUUUGUUCCCAGGUGCGUCUUGAUGUUUAGUAAAGUUGCUUCCUAUUCUCUUGGCUUAACAACUACUGUUAGGUGAAGCUGGAAGGAAGCAGACAAGUCAUUACGGGAGCAGGGGAGAGGUGCACACAGCAUGCUGGUGUGCAAAUCAGUUCAUGGAGCAGUCAUGGAAUCAUUGUAUCUCCUUAACUCAUUCAGGAGUUUGCCUUGGGAGGCUUGCUGAGGCCCGGUUAACGAGGCAGCCCUUAUUUUCAACAACUGGAACAGCGUUUGUGACGGCCUGUGAUAAGCUGAGCUCCAGCAAUUGAAUUCAUACUGAUUUAUUAAGGAAUUCGGGUAUUGGCAAUUUUCAUUCCCUGGGGAAAGGUAAUUGGGAAUGUUGCUGAUACCAUUGGAUGUUUUGCCAAAUGAAGGAGAGCAUUAGGGUGUUGUCAUCUUUUCAUUUUUAAGUAGCCAUUGUUUCUUUGCACAGGUAUUAUAUUCAGUCCUCUUCUAGAUAGAGAGAUAAUGCCCAAGUGAGUGUGGAAAGAGUAGAAGAAUUUGCCUGAAGGCUCCUGAAAUUUAUAAAUAUUUUUUCUGUUAGAAAUCUUGUACUUGUCCUUCUAGAACCAAUUUGCUUUUCUUCUGCAGGUUUUUGGUUGCUUUUUGAACUGUUUCAAUCAACUUCCACUUACAGUUGUGUCAAUGUGGUAUUUAACCUGAACUUAAAGACUGGGUGAGUGUUGGGUUGUGGGUCAAGCUGAGGGAGCUGAUGCAGCUCAUGUGUCUUGCUCUAAACCCCAGUCUCUGAAGGUUCUGCCUCUCCAUCCAGCAAGCAUGGCUGAAAAACUUGUGAAUUAGCUCUCAAACUGCUCAUAGUUUUUUCAUACAGGCAUAUUAACAAAAUGAAAAACUGAACUUAAUAGCCAACAGUUACUGUGACCUGGUGGUGACUUGGGCUGCUCCAGUGAAGUCUGUGCACCCCAUACCCCAGUUAGCCCACAGCAGCCAAGUUUAGAUGGUACACCCAUGUGGCUACACAGCUUCCAUUCAGCUUUCUGGGUGGGCGAAGGAUGCUUAUGUGUUUCUGUAAAGGGAGCGUGCCCUUUUCUCUCUCUUAGGUGAAAGAAAACCAUGUUCUUGCUCAUUUUCCCCUUUCUUAGAGAAAACACAUUCACUGCAUUUAUAGCGUUUGCCCUUUCCUUUUGAACUCUGGUCAUUUGUGUUUAUUUUUCACUUUUGUUUCCCCAGUGUUUAAUCCUACCUUUUUUACUACUUUCUCUGAAAUGGCUCUAUUUCUCCCUUGAAUUCUGUUUCUGGCCUCGAAGUUAUUUGCCUGUGUUUAUAGGGAGGGUAGAUAUGUAUGUAAAUGGAUGUUGCCUUUGCCAUCGUAAUAUGAUCUUCAAAGGCUUGGACUGCAGUCACUUUACUGCAUUCUUUACAUCAAACAUUUCUCUUGGCAAAUUGCUGCCGACAGAGCGCUGCAAGGGCCUGAUCCUGCAAUUGCCUUCUGCUCCCACUGAACUAUUGGGGCUUGCAUGCAUAAAACUGAACUUUCAGUUUAGAGGUGUGUGGUACUUAAACAGUUCAUGUUUUACCAUUUUUGUCCGUCCUUUACUGGUGUAAUCUGAAAGUGAUCAUUAGUUCUUUUCAUGACCAUUUGGUGUGUGUUAAAAUACAUCAGCUAACAGCGGUGGGGGAGGGUGGCUAGGUUCCAGCCCACCAUGGGAACAGGGUGGUUUGGGAAAAGUCUGCCUUUAUGAAGGUACCCCACAGCGAGUCCCAAGUAUGAGGCACCACUGCUUCUGUCUGCGGUGCUCUGGUAUCUGCAGUACCCGUUUCUGUUGUCUUUUCCAGCAAAGCUGCUCAGUGUGUGUGGUGCUGUGGGGCUGGGGAAGCGGGAGCUGUGGUGGGGCAGGAGGUUGCACACCCCAGGGCUGGCAAGACUGGGAGAGAGGAUGCGAUAUGUUGUGAGCAGAGCAGGAGAAGGGUGCAUCAGUACUGUAUGUCACCAACUUGUACCGCAGCCUGGAAUCCUCAGGGUAGUGGACCUACACCUCCCUCGAGAGCUGAUCAGAAGGUUGGUAGAAAAGUCAACACGCAUGCAUGCGGUCUUGGUACAACUUACUCUAGUCCCUCAGUCUGAAAGCUUUUUGGUAUUCUGAUACUUUUCUGGUCUUAGGACUGUGGAAGAUGGAAAGGGAACCUCCUGCUAUUGCCACAGCUCCCAUCCUGGUCUUCUGUAAGAGGACACAUACUGGGCGUUCUGCAGGCUCCCGUCCCAUCGGGUGCUCUGGUCUGCAGCACGACCCCUCAAACCCUCGCUGGAGAAACUGGGAGGGGGGACAGUGGCGUGAGCGUGGGGUGGGGGCUGAUAGUUUGCGAGCCUCUUUUGUUGAAGAGGCUUAUCAGAGCUACAGCCUUACAAAUACACUAGCUAUUCAUUAGAGGGUAUUAAUUGGUUUAGUCACAAGUGGUACUCUGCCCUGGAAGUUCAGUGAAGCCAGUAGUAUCUACUGAAGUAUAAACUGCUGUAACAAAGAGAGGGAGUAUUCUCAAAAUCCCGCUUCCCACUAUCAGCUCGCCCAAAUUUUCUCCUGCUCCUAUAUAUGUGGAGUACUGUGGUUUACCUAGGGCUCAGACUAGCCUAGCUGUUUAAGAUGAAAACCAGAAUUGUCCAAGCAGUUGGAAGCUACAGUGAAGGAUUUCUGUCUCCUUUUUUUCCCUUCCUGUUGACACAGAAAGUGAUAUCAGAAGGUGUUUAAGAAACAAAAAAAAAAACAACACAAAAAACACACCCCCCCAAAAAGAAAAAACCCAACCAACCCAAAAAACCACAACAAAACAAAAGCCCCAAAAUUUCAUGAAGAAGACUGCCAUGCAGAUAAUUUAACAUUUAUGUUCUUGUGGAGCAUUAAGACUCAGCUAGCUCUGAAAUAGUUGCAUGUUUUACUUACCAAGUCAAGAAUGCUACAGCACAUUGCAAGAAUGGAGAGAAUUUCAGUAAUGGGAGAGUGUGUUAAUUAUCCACAUAAGAUGCUCGCAUUCAGUGCUGCAUUUUGUGUGUUUUCAUAUCUGCUGAAGCAAAGCAAGAAAUGUGCUGUGCUGGGGCAGUGUGAAUGCAGGGCUUAGAGCUGAAUAGAUGUAAAUGGUUAAAAAGGGGUUCUCUGCUAGAGAGGAGGAGGGGAAAGUAAGAGUGCAUUCCCAAAAAAGUACAUUCCCAAAAUAAAAAGCUUACAUCAUGGACCUCUUCAGCUUUCCCACACUUCUUUCCUAAUUAUUGUCCUGCAGGACAGCUGAUCUAUUUCAAACAGGAAGCUGUUUACAGAUAACACUUGCAACUGUUUUGUCUGAUUUGUUGAACUGUCGAAAAGCAAAAGACAACCUCUUCUCAAAUUAAAAACUGUCAGACUUCUGUAAACAGCAGCAAUGAGGUUCAUCUGUGCAGUGUCCCUGCAGGCACAGACCGUUCUGCAGUUCCCAUUUUCUCAGCAACCGUAAGGAUCCAAGGAUCCUUAGCUACUGUGACUGUUUGGAUGUUGCUUCCUCAAAACAGUAUCAGAAGAUUGGUUAGGAGGUCCAGAAGGUGUCCCAGAGGCCGGAACAAAGCAAUAAGACAGAUGGAAAUCACAAAGAGGAACCUGAUUUGUCUAAAGAAGUCCUUGUGACAUUCUUCUUACGCGGAAUGUGAGAAUUUCUACCAGUUUCUAAAUAUCUUCAUGUCUUGAGUGCCACAUCUUCAGAAUUAUUCAGGACUGAAUAACUGUGGCAAGUCUCGUAUGUAGUUCAUUCUUCCUUUGCUUGAGUCAAUUGGCAGAUGCCGGGAUUUCAGCCAGGGCAAGGUUCAUGGGAGCUGGAGUCAGUGACCUGUAAGUGCUCAUUAUGAAGAGAGAUCUGGUUUUCUUGGGGACUCUAAUUAGCCUUGCCUUCCUGUCACUGCUAAGGUCUGGAUAUCCUCAACAUAUUGCAGAGGAGUCCUGCUCUGUUCAAAUUCUUGUUCCAGGCCUCAAAGGGGAGGCUGGAGAAAAGGGGGAGAAAGGUGCUCCAGGUCGUCCAGGCAGAGUUGGGCCUCCAGGAGAAAAAGGAGAAAUGGGGGACAAAGGACAGAAAGGCAGUGUGGGACGGCAUGGAAAAAUCGGUCCUAUUGGUUCAAAAGGUGAAAAAGGAGAUAAUGGUGACAUAGGACCACCAGGUCCUAAUGGUGACCCAGGCAUCCCUUGUGAGUGCAGCCAGCUAAGGAAGGCUAUUGGCGAAAUGGAUAUCCAAGUGGCCCAGCUGACAACAGAAUUAAAAUUCAUAAAAAAUGCACUGCCCUCCCCCGCAGCUGUUGCCGGCGUGCGUGAGACAGAUAAUAAGAUAUAUCUGCUGGUGAAGGAAGAGAAAAGGUACAAGGAAGCCCAGCUCUACUGCCACGGAAGAGGAGGGACACUGAGCAUGCCCAAGGAUGAGACUGCCAACAAUCUGAUUGCCUCGUACAUCAACCAAGCCGGGCUCACCAGAGUUUUCAUUGGGAUUAACGACCUAGAGAAAGAGGGAAAUUUUGUCUAUUCUGACCGAUCGCCCAUGCAGACCUUCAACAAAUGGCGCAGUGGGGAGCCCAAUAAUGCUUAUGAUGAGGAGGACUGUGUGGAGAUGGUGGCAUCUGGAGGGUGGAAUGAUGUUGCAUGUCAUAUUACUAUGUAUUUUGUGUGCGAAUUUGACAAAGAAAAUGUCUAAGCUUGUCUGCUCUUUAUUUUAAGAAAAGGUUUUAAGCUGAUUGAACAAGUUACCCCAUGUUUAUAGAGUACAAGUGACAUUUUGCAAGUAUGCGACAUCGGUAUUGUACAGCUGUAAAUACAAUUUAGGUAUUUCAAAUAUCAGUAUUUACCCUUCAGAAGGGAAGAGCAGUGAUAAGACAUAGCUUGUUUUUUUUCUGUAGGUAAACAGAUGUAUUUAGAUAAAAAUGUGGUUUGGGGCUAAAUUCUACCCUCGCAACAGUUAAGUAAUUCAAUUGCAUGACUGUAAGGGAAGGCAGAGUUUGGCCUCUAGCUGUUAGAGUGUUUAUUUGUGAAGAAGUAGAUUCCUGAUAUUCUAUUAUCUUAGUAACAUUUGUAGUUAUAAAUGUUAACUGCUUGUAGCGCUACAGGGACAGCAACGAGGCAAAUAUUUUGUAUGCUCCAGUUAAUAAGUACAAAUAUUAUUGUAAGGUUUUUGGAUGUGAUGGUGUUACAACUUUUUUUUUUUUCUUCUUUUUUUUUUUUUUUCCAAAAAUAGCCAAAGCAAACCAACGAAUCAGGAGUCCUACCAAUUUUGUAAUGCCUCUUUAUUAAACUGUUCACAGAUGCGUGACAAGGAGACACUUAUGUGAGCCUAGUUUUAGUGCUGAGGGAGGACAAAGUUCUUAUAAUGUAGUACUGAAAGAGGAAUCCCAGCCACAUGGGUUUUUGGCGUUGGCUAAAGGUAAAAGUAAGAUUUUAGUUUUCUGUAUUCUUUAGUUAGAGAAUGAUUCAGUGCAUGAACUAUUUCAGGCCUCAAAUAUUUUCUUAAAGUAAACACAUUUCACAUUUGUAUAAGGUGAUCUUGGUGCAUCUUGUUACAAAACAGAAUAGCAGCCCUCCACAAUUUAAGGCAGACUUCAUAAAUAGACAACAAAUCUCAUAAUAAUACUUUGGCUCGUAGCUUCUUUUCGUAGGAAAACAACUUACAUGUUUACUCAAAUUGUAAGAGUGACUCCCUGAAAAACAGCAAAAGUUUCCAAAAUUUUCCUGAUUAUGUAUAUAGCAGUAGUAAGUAAUUUUGCACAAAUAAUUUAUUUACCCAAUUUACAAUUGAUUGUGAUGGAAAAUGUGGUGUAUAUUUUAAAAACAACAACAACAACAUAAUUUCACAAAGGAAAUUAUUAAUUACUUUGAAUUUUCCUAGGAGCCAGUUGCAUGACAUCUUAGCUUGCUGUUAGGCACAGAAAGAUGACUACAAAAUCUCUGACUGUGUUUUGUCAGGAAUACCUUGCAGUGUUUUAAGAUGAUUUUAAGGAAAAAUGAUUCUUUGUAUAACCCGGUAAUCAAAAUAUGUGUAUGAUCAUCAUUAUGAGAGAUUGGUCUACAGGAUAUCCACAGUGGAUGUGACAUGUGCUCCCAGAGAUUUCCCUAUGGCAAGGCAAGACCAGCUUAUGUUGGCUCUACAGUGCUGUAGUAUAUAAACCGUCAGUGACCACAUGAUGCUGUUCAUAUCCACAGUCGGACAGUAUUUGCUAUUAUUAUAUACCUAAAAGAACAAACACUUUUUCUUGCUAUAUUUACUCUGUGGAUUUGAGUCCAUUAUAUAUAUAUAUAUAUAUAUAUAUAUAUAUAUAUAUAUAUAUAUAUAUAUAUAUAUGUUUGCUAUUCAUUUUGAAGAUCAGUCGUGAAUUCCUAUAGUGUUUGAGUAUCAGCCCAGGUCCAGAACAAUCACUCUAAGAAAUGAAGGGUCCUUUGAUUGCUUUACUUUCUUGCUAAUAAAGGUAGGUAUGAUUCCUAUAUGUUAGGCAUUCUUCCAACUGUGUAUUGAAAUCUGUUAAAUAAUGCAAAUAUGGUUCUAUACUAAUAUUCAAAGGCUCUUUGCAGAAUUUGUAGAGAGCUAACAAUUCCAGUGGAGCAGUUUGUUUGUUUAGAAUAGCGCCUUUUGAAUAUGGUGAUUGUUUCCUACCUGUUAUAGAAAUCCUCAGAAACCAUUUAAAUCUUCAACAUACUUUUGUCAAAUCAUUGUAGCUAUAUUAAAACAGUCUAAACCCACGUUCCAGGUAUCUGGAACUUCCCUCAUUAUUUAUGUCCUGAAGUUCCUAAAUGUUUAUUUUUCACCCAGGUUUUAAAAGUCUCUGUUGUAACAUUUGAUUUCCUCAGAAAUGUGAAAAGAUGCCUUUGGAGGAGGUGGGAGGCUUUUUCAGAUGCCAAAUGCUCCUAUUUUAGCUGGAAGUCAUACCAUGUUUAUUAAGAUUGCCUUGAUGUGUAGAACAUUUAAGCAGUCUCGAUUUCUAUCAAUAUUUAAGAUAAAAAAUAAAGCCAAUGGAAAAAAACACUUGCCCCAGUUUUUGUGUUCUUAAGAAUAUAUUUUUGCAGCCCUUGAUAUACAAGACAGAAAAGAAAUUAGUUAUAUUGUUAGAGCCCUGUACACUGGCUGCAAUGGUCCUUAUUUGGGCAAGGGGAACAAGGUGAGUGUGUAAGGUCUUGAGCUGUUCUGCAAGCAGCAAAGAUUGCACAUCUGCUAUUUACCUCUGCAAGGAACUGGGCCAGAAAUGAUGGAGGGAUUGGAAAUGACUGAGCCCUUCAUAAUUUCUUUCACCCUCCAGUUGCUGAACCUCAUAGGUGGACCCUUGCUGGAGGCAGAAAUAAAUGUUGCAUGUAGUGUUCAGUCUGCACAGAACUUGCUGAUGUGUAUGGUAAGAUUUCCAUUACUCUCAGUGGAAUUUAGAGCUACUUUUUUGGGAAAGAAUCAAAUGAUAAGUUAGUUUUGUUUGGGCUAUUUUCUGUGUGCAUUAAAACUUGCGUUGUAUUAUCA